AGUAAAGUAUUGUAUUUAUAUCUAAAAAUAGUAAAACAAGAUAGCAAUUGCUUUCAUAGAAAAUUAUGAGUUUCAUAACGAGUUAGAAUCUCAUUAGAUGAUUGAGAAUCUCACUAGAUAUCACUUGAUAUCAAUACAAGUUAUUUAAUUUCAAUAUCAUAUUAUAAACAAGCCUAUAGUAAAGUACAGUUUGUAGUUUUCAAUUAAAACCUUCAAGUAAAGAUUGUGUUUUGGCUUUAUUGAUAACGGACUGAAAUCAGAUUCUUGCUUCAAAUACUCGAACAAAAUCUUCCAUUCAAACAAAAAAAUAUUGACAAAACGAGUAAAAAUGUUGCAAUAAACAAAACAAAAGUUACAAUGUGUAAUGAAAUACUGUCUUUAAAACAUUUCUAGAAUAUGACUGAAAAAUAUUGCAAAGCAUUUAUUUAACUUUAUUUCAUAUUAUUGACACAGAAUUGUCAAACCCUUACAGGAAGUAUGUUGUAAAUAAACAAAUCAGACCAGGAUUUGAACCUGGGACCUCUCAAUUAUUGAGUGCUCUGUCACUGAGCUUUCUGAGUGUGCAUUUUUACAUAUACUUUCAUUUAAAAAGUACAGUAUCUAGAUUUUGGACAUUGAUCCUUAUACUUUACUUGUGUUAUAAUAGGUCUAACAGAGGAAGGUAGAAGGUUAACCAACCACAGUGCAAGGAGAUAUAUGUUGCAGAAGCUUUCUGAUGAGGAUAUUUCUGACAAUAAAAUUAUGCAGAUAUCUGGACACAAGAACAUAGCCUCCAUCAACGAGUAUCGUAAAAUAAACAAUGAGCAACAUCAACAAAUUUCUGGGUUGCUCAACAAAACAAAAACAGUCAAAAGAGCUGCUCCCGUCGAGAGUGAAAACAGACCACCAAAUUGUGAAGUACAGUUUCAACAGUCUGAAGCACAGGCCUUCCCGCUCUCGCAGUCAAGCACCGCUAUGAGUUACCGUCUUGGCUCCGCUACAACAAACAGCACAUCUAACAUAAGUUCCAUAUUUGGUGGAAAUGUGUACGGUGGGAACUUCACUAUUAAUGUCUAUUCUCCAUCAGAGGCAAAACAAUCAAGACUAGACAAUCACAAUGAUGCCGAAGCGUAAUGACAGUGUCCGCCAUGGACCAUGCUUGUUCAAGUUGUUGUAAAAGCACCGUUGUAAAAUAUCGUUGUGCUCGUUAUUCCGCGCAAAAACUACUUACUUGAAAGGACUUAUGUUGUGAUAUCAAAUGUGUGUAUUUUCUGAAGUGUUUUAUGACACAAUCAUUAAAGUU